AUGGAGCAUUGCGAGCUUGGUAUUGUCUUGGCACAGCUUGCUGCACGCCCGCUACUUCAUUGGGAGACGACGCUCUUGGCUGCUCAGCUCGAGAGGGCGCUGGCUGCAAAACCGGACAUUCCUGCAAUUCAGCGGCUCCUGCUCGAUUUUGAGAAGGCAGAUGCUGUGCCUCAUGGCAGACAGAGAUGCCAGGCUUCUGUGGAUGCAGCAAAGGCUUUGCUGCAAAAGCACCAGGAGGACCAGGUCCAGGACACCAAAAAUGGAUUGUCACAAGCUUUGAAAGCUUUGCAAGAUGCGUCGGAUCCCGCGUGGAAGGCCAACCUGAAGAACUGGGAUGAAUGCCUUCGAGUGGGGUCUGCCGAGCUCUUGCCUGCCGAAGCGCCGCUAUACAAACGACUUGAAACUUUGUCCAGAGAUGUGAAUGUAUAUAAGAAGAAAAUUUUGGAGCAACCAGACCUCUACGCGAAUGAUGGCAAAGUGUUGCUGAAGCAGGCUGAGGAAACAUUUCAUGCAGCCCGAGUGAAGUCAACGGAAUCCUUUUUUCUGGAAGCCAUCCUGUUUCUGAAACCCGACAAAGCCAAGUCGAAGAUUUCGAAGCGGGCAGAACAAUUGAAGAACUGCAAUGCUGUUCUCCCGCUCAUCUGGGAGAAGGCACGGUCAAUCUGCCCAGAGUUGCCUUGCCAGUCGUCUUCAGCAGAAAAGCUUAGACCGGCCAGCCUUUUGCAUGCAUGGAGCGUGACAUAA